GUCCACGAGUCCGACCCGGGUCUUAAGAAGGCUCUGGCCUUUGCAGAGGAGCGAUACAACCGGGUCUCCAAUGCGAUGCAUCUCCGCAGAGUCAGCCGGGUCAUCUCUGCCAACAAACAGCUGGUUAAAGGGAUCCGUUACACUUUAACAGUGGAGCUGAGUAACACUCAAUGUAAGAAGUCCACCAUGCUCAGGACAUGUGACUUCUAUCCCGAGUUAAAUCAACUCAAGGUAGGUUGUGUGUGUGUGUUCUUUAUUUUUUUACUCUGUCCCAACUUUUUUGACACAUAUUGGUGCCAUCAAAUUCAAAGUGAAAUAUUUAAUGUCUCAGGUUAAACAUCUGAUAUGUCUCUUCUCUUGUUCGCACUUUAAAAACAAAAUUAAAUUCAACUGAAAAUGGAAAAAAAUGAAAGGCUUUUAAGCAGAAUCUUUUAUGAAUAUGUGCUUUUGACCCUUCACCUUGCAGAAGUGGACCGCCGUUUGCGCAUCUUCCACGAGAACCUAAAGACUGCUGAGAAGCUCCAGGCUUUGGAUCAAGGUUCAGCUGAGUAUGGAGUCACCAAGUUCAGCGACCUCACCGAGGAGGAGUUUCGCUCUACAUACUUAAACCCACUGCUGAGUCAAUGGACUCUCCAUCAACCAAUGAAACCAGCUGCUCCCGCCAAAGGCCCCUCGCCUGACAGCUGGGAUUGGAGGGAUCAUGGAGCUGUCAGUCCUGUUAAGAACCAGGGAAUGUGUGGAUCUUGCUGGGCAUUUUCUGUCAUAGGCAACAUUGAAGGCCAGUGGUUCCUGAAAAAUGGAACGUUGCUGUCACUUUCCGAACAAGAGCUGGUUGACUGUGACGGGCUGGACCAGGCGUGCAGAGGCGGGCUUCCAUCAAAUGCUUAUGAAGCUAUUGAGAAGCUGGGGGGUCUGGAGACUGAAAGUGACUACUCCUACACCGGGCACAAGCAGAGGUGUGACUUCACCACCGGGAAGGUGGCCGCCUACAUCAACAGCUCCGUGGAGCUGCCCAAAGAGGAGAAGGAGAUCGCUGCUUGGCUGGCUGAGAAUGGGCCAGUCUCUGUUGCUCUGAAUGCUUUUGCAAUGCAGUUUUACAGGAAGGGUAUAUCUCACCCUCUGAAGAUUUUCUGCAACCCCUGGAUGAUCGACCACGCUGUGCUGUUGGUGGGAUACGGAGAACGUAAAGGUAUUCCCUUCUGGGCCAUCAAAAACAGCUGGGGGGAGGAUUAUGGAGAGCAGGGUUACUACAACCUCUACAGGGGCUCCAAUGCAUGUGGGAUCAACAAGAUGUGCUCAUCUGCUGUAGUCAACUGAACCCCUAACACCUCCUACACACACUCACACUCACACUCACACUCACACUCACACUCAUCAUCAUCAUCAUCAUCAUCAUGCUACAUGCACCACAGCUGUCAACUGACCCCAGCUCCACAUCACUUAUCCAGAAUGCACAAGAGCUCAACACGCACACAUGUGAAGUCCUGCUGAUGUUUCUUCUCCGUUAGACCAAACCAGUGUUUUACCAGCUCUAAUAAAGCUAGCUUUGAUGUGAUACUGAAACUUUCCAGUAAUUUUAAAUCAAGAUUACAUCUGCUUUUUCUGUUAGUCCUGAAGCUUGGUUAAAAUGAUUAAUGUGUUUAAGGUAACAGCUUAUAAGUCAUCUUUACUUACAGUAACAGAGCCCAUGCUCAUAGUGGUGAGCUGAUGGUAUGUGCUUCAAAGAGUUUUUGAAAAACAAGGCUUUGAUUCUGAAGUGGUUUACUGCACAAACUCAGUUUAGUGCAAUGUAAUUGCAAUAAUAGCUGUAUAACAGUGAGAAAUGAAUGAUGGGAGUUGAAUUAAAAAAAAGUGUGAAAUCCA